AUGUCAUCCUCAUCGUCAUCCUCGUGGGAUAAUUGGAAAGAAAAGGCAUACUCGACAGCAAAGAAAGUCGAGACUAGUGCAUGGCGCACUUUCGACCCUAUUGGUCAUUGGACCAAUCGACAACUCGGUCGAUUUGGACUAGAGGCAUUCUAUCCAACUGCUUUAGAGGGUGAAAUUGACAAAUGUGCGCGUAUUGUGUCGACAUUCUCACAGGGUGGUGCUGAGGUAAAAGAGGGCGACGCACCUAAUACACCAUACAAGGACGGGCAAGUUACGGACGAGUAUGCGCAUCGGAAAACCCAGAAAGUCCUGUACAACAUACCUCCGAACGUGCUUCGCGGUGCGAAAGGCGUAGCCAUCUUUACCGUAUUUCGCUCAGGCCUCGUGUGGUCUGGCGCUGGUGGUUCAGGUAUUGUACUCUCUCGUGAUGAGAAUGGCGACUGGGGCUGUCCUUCUGGUAUCUUGGUUCAUACUGUGGGUUGGGGUCUCGUCAUUGGUGUGGACGUAUACGACGUGGUACUUGUGCUUCGCACGCAGGAGGCUGUGGAUGCUUUCAAGCGCCCCAAAGUCAGUGUGGGUGGCGAACUGUCUCUUGCGGCAGGACCAGUCGGGAACGGUGCUAUUGUUGACUCCGGCAUAGAAGCGUCACCGUGUCUUUCGUAUGUGAAAUCGAAAGGAUUUUAUGCGGGCGCACAGCUCGAUGGCUCCAUUUUCCUAACGCGGUCUGAUGAAAACUCUCGCUUCUACAACUAUCCAGAUAUUCCCAUUGACACGAUCCUAGACAAUAAACUCCCUAAGCACCAGAUCCCUCACACGUGCAUGCCCAUUUGGCAAGCACUUUACCAGGCAGAGGACCGACCAGAAUACAUGGGCACAAGUGCCAUUCCAACCGGUCCUUCUCCAGGUAGCUAUGAGGCGACUGACGAAGACAUUGCGGCACUGAAGAGAAAUGAGGAGGCAUUCCGGACUUCCGGCGCUAGCACGGCUAGCUCAGCUGGUGCUGAUAGCACUCCUGGCGCUUCUGGCCCCGUCGGAGGUGCCGGAAACCGCACAGCUGUGCCACCACCUAGUAAUGCGCCCAUCUUGCCACCGCCGCGCCGUGUGCCAGGAGCAUCGUCCAAGGCAGCAGAGGCAAGACAAGCCAAGGAGGCUGAGGCGCGUGCUGAAGCCCAAAACAAUGCAUCCUCAACAUCAGGACUACCACCUCCAUCUUACGACGCAUCGCAGGCAGCUACAUACCAAUCCGGCCCGGCACUAUCGCGGCUGCCAUAA